AUGUACAAAUUUUACAAAUUAAAAAAUCGACAGCUGGAUGAGCAGGCUAUGGGGAAGGAGAUUUAUCAUUGCAGGGCGACUUCAACAUUUCUUCAUGUUAACCACCAAGAACAUUAUUUAGGCGACACUCUGAAGAUGAAUGCUUCUCCAAGUUUAGUGAUCGUGGUACUCCUUAUGCUUGGAAAAGCCCAAGGAGACUCCGUGACCCAGAUGGAAGGCCAAAUGACCAUCUCAGAAAGGACUUCUUUGACGAUAAACUGCACUUAUUCAGCCACAGGGUACCCUGCCCUUUUCUGGUAUGUCCAGUAUCCAGGGGAAGGUCCACAGCUCCUCCUGAAAGCUACGAAGGCCAAUGAAAAGGGGAGCAACAAAGAAUUUGAAGCCACAUACGAUAAAGACAAGACCUCCUUCCACUUGAAGAAAGCUUCAGUCCAAGAGUCAGAUUCAGCCGUGUACUACUGUGCUCUGAGUGACACAGCGACGGAGACUGCAGGGGGAGCUGAGCACAAACUCCAAGCAGCACAAAGGACCCGGCUGCUCAG